AUGUCAAUAUCAUCAUUAAUUGAUGCUGAAAAUGAACAAUUAAAGAAAAAUCAAACAAACGACGGCAAGUCAACUCCGUUAACACCACAAGAUACUACGUUGAAUGCUCCACUACCAUUCUCUGGAGGGUUAACACUUCCAUCCGCCCCGAUUGCAUUUCCCCCAACUACGGAUUUAAUUCCAUUUCCUCGUUUAUCCAGUCUUCCUUCUCCUCCUCACGGAAGUAUGUUCUCAAAUUCAUUUCCAUUGCCUAGUGUUAAUCAAGCUGUUGGUGACGUAGAUCGUACGCGUAGUUCUCCUCCUCCGCGUCAUUCUCCCCCACCUUUGGUGACUUCGUCGACGACACCAAAUAAAAGAAAAUGGGAUUCUAAUAAUGAUGACUCGCGUAGUGCAAAAAUGCGACGAUCUAUCGAUGAAAUGUUAAGGAUGCAAAAUUCGAUGUCAAUUGAUGCAAAUUAUCAACAAUUUGAAUCUCAUGCAUCAUCACAAUCUAUAAUUAAGAACGAACCCUCUCCAUCCCCAUCACGGCAACCACCAAAUUCCUUUCAAAUGACGACAAUUACGUGUCUUCACGCUGCUGUUGCUCAAAAAUCAUAUGGUAGUGAAAAGAGAUUCUUGUGUCCGCCUCCGGUUGUAAUUGUGAGACAACCAAAUUCCAGUUUACAUGGUAAACCAGAAUUAGCAAUGUCGGUCGUAUGUGAAACCGGUGAUCGACCUAUGGAACAGAAAACGAUGCUUGAUGAGAAUAUGAAAGGCACAUUUAAAUAUUUGCACGUUAGUGGAACCGCAAAAGCCAAGCAAUUUUCUCUAAAAUUAAAAGUUUAUAAUAAGAAUUCAAAUAUUCCAUAUGCAAUCUUUGAUUCUGCACCUGUUACUAUUAUCUCAAAACCGUCUAAAAAGACUGCGAAAGCAAGAAAUGUGUCAUCAUGCAUUUUGUCCGGUACUCCGAUUUCAUUAUUCAAUCGAAUAAAUUCUCAAACCGUACGUACCAAAUAUAUGGGAAUUGAAAAUGGUCAUUUAUGCGCAAAGAAUUCCUCUUGGGCACCAUUCAUCAUUGAUGUUAUCAGUAGUCCAACACCUCUUCUACCUUCAAAUAAUUCCCCAAAGUCCAAUGGUAAAGGAUGUCAAAAUGCUUCAUCAUCACCGACCUCAUCACCAUCUACUGCAACUCCUAUCACAUAUGGAUCAGAAAUUAUUAUUACGGAUACAGCCACGGGUAUUUCAUCUGAUCGAUUAAUUAUUCGUAAAGUCGAGAAGGGUAGAAUUGCACAAUCCGCAUGUGGACCUGUUAGUCAAAUGCAAAAAAUUGCAUUGCAACAUGUUGGUACUAGUUGUCAAAACUCCUAUUUAAGCGCUGCAGGUCCGAUCACAAUGGACAGCCCUCAAUCACAAGAUCAAUGUACUGUCAGUGGUGCUUCUCCUUAUCUCGGCUAUCAACCUUCCAGAUUGGUUCAUAUGCAUACGGUCGACUCAUCAAAAAGAGAUAUUGAUUCGUUUGCAAUCCAUCAUAAUAUUAAUAAUGCGGAUGUCAAUGAUGUAAUCACAUCUUCAAUUGUAGAAGAAGUUGACGAUUACCUUUGUUGGACGAUUGUUGGAAUUUCUCAAUUUCAACACACCCAUUUCGAAUCUUUUCCAACAUCUGAUUCUUCUUCAAACAACAAUUCACAAUCUGGAUCAUCGACAAAUCAUCCAACCACUCCAUUUCCCACUCUAACUUCAAAUCCUGUAUAUACUUCAAAUAAUACAAUCGAAUUAAGUGUUGCUAAUUUUUAUCAUGACGCAUCGCUACAUCAACUUUCAUCUCAACCACAACAACCAAUGGAAGUAUGGCUUGGUCAAUAUGGUUCUCUCAAGACACUUGAAGAAUUACUAAGAGCUUCAGCCAUCAACAAAACUGAGAACCGGGAAUUCGUAGAAUAUCCACUUUUAUUUGUAAGAGUUGAUGGUGUAUGCUAUCAUUCUGGGAAAUAUAUUGUCUGUGAAAAAAUAAAUAAUAGUCAUCAUGUUAAGACGACGACAACGACGACUGCUAUUAAAAGUCGAGGAGGUGAAUCAAUGCGCGAUUCCUCAAAUUGGGAAAUUAGACUGGCGUAA